CUAUUUAAUGGUCUAAAACCGAGUGAAGAGACAGCAGUUUUCCAGCGGAAGAAAAUAAAUUUAUUCUUUAUAUCAUGGCGACAAAUAUGUUGAUGUUGAUGCUGUCACUUGUGUUUGUGAUCGGAUAUACGAAUUCAUGUCCUCAUAACUGCGAGUGUUCCCAAUGGAAAGCCUUCGCUGUUUCAUGCAUGGGCAUAGAUGUUAUUCCUUCGUUUCCCCCAGUUACAGAAUUCUUAAGUCUCUACGAGACAAGCCUGACGACAGUUCCCCAAGAUGCCUUUGCAAAUAUGGUCAAUAUCUCAAGAAUCUAUCUGUCCGUGGAUGUCUCUCUGAGCAGGUUAGAAAAGCAUUCCUUCUACAACCUGAGAAAGCUUACUCAUAUAGAAAUGAGAAACACAAGAAAUCUGACAUUCAUCCAUCCAGAAGCUUUUAAGAAUCUCCCUAAAUUACAGUAUUUAGGCUUAUUCAACACAGGCCUCACCAUCUUCCCUGUCCUGAACAAUAUCCAGGCUGAUGACUCCUACUUCCUACUAGAACUAAGCGAUAAUCCCUAUAUUGCUGAAAUUCCAGCUAACGCUUUUCUUGGCAUUACCAGUGAUCUGCUGUCAGUGAGGCUGUACAGCAAUGGCUUUACGAAAGUCCAACAUCAUGCUUUCAAUGGCACAAAACUGGACUCAGUGUACCUGCAUAGAAAUAAGCAGCUGACCAGGCUGGAUGAGAGAAUGUUUGCUGGGACUAGCAGUGGGCCAAUGCUCCUUGAUGUAUCAGAAUCGGCUGUCACUUCCCUACCAACCAGAGGCUUGGAGUCACUUCGGGAACUCUGUGCUCGGAAUGUCUGGCCCCUCAAAAAACUACCACCGAUCAAGACUUUCAGACACAUGAUUACAGCAGACCUGACCUACCCCAGCCACUGCUGUGCAUUCAAGAACUUGAAGAAAAAAAGAGGGUACUUAGAGGACAUCAUAUGCAACCUUACUGCCAGGUAUAACCAACUUCAAAAGAGAUCUGUGGGAACGUUUGCAAUUCCUGGCCUGCACAGCAGCAUGGAACCUGGCAUCGAUUCGGGUGAUAACCUCUUUAGAGACACCUACGACCACCAGGACUUUUACAGCAGCCUGCACUACCACACCUACUUUGGCGGGCACCCAGACGAUGAUGUGGGCUUUGGCGAAACGCUGAAGAACCCCCAGGAAGACACCAGCCAUGAGUUUGACAGUCGCUAUGACUACAUUGUGUGUGAGGAGGGAGAGGAGGUCGCCUGUUUUCCUGUUCCUGAUGAGUUCAACCCGUGUGAGGACAUCAUGGGUUUCAGCUUUCUAAGGGUAUCUGUGUGGUUUGUCAGUUUGCUUGCUGUGUUGGGCAACCUGCUUGUACUGUUGGUGCUGCUCACCAGCCACUACAAACUGUCAGUUUCAAGGUUUUUAAUGUGCCACCUGGCCUUUGCUGACCUGUGUAUGGGCAUUUACCUGCUGCUAAUUGCUUCCGUGGACCUCCACACACGUUCUGAAUACUAUAAUCAUGCUAUUGAUUGGCAGACAGGUCCAGGAUGCAACCUAGCUGGGUUCUUCUCCGUAUUUGCUAGUGAACUAUCGGUCUACACACUGACCACUAUUACUCUGGAACGCUGGUAUGCUAUCACGUACGCCAUGCGGCUGGACCGUAAGUUGCGUCUGUCCCAUGCUUCAGUCAUCAUGCUUGUAGGCUGGAUCUUUUGCCUCUUAUUGGCUCUUAUGCCUCUCAUUGGGGUCAGCAGCUACCAGAAGGUCAGCAUUUGUCUGCCCAUGGACACCCAGACACUUGUGGACCAGAUCUACAUCCUAUGUGUACUUGUUUUUAACAUCCUGGCUUUUGUAGUCAUUUGUGCCUGUUACAUCAAGAUCUAUUGUGCUGUUCACAACCCAAGUCAUCGGUCUGCCAACAAAGACACCAACAUUGCCAAGCGUAUGGCUGUGCUCAUCUUUACUGACUUCCUCUGCAUGGCACCCAUUUCGUUGUAUGCUAUGACUGCUGCGUUGGACCACCCGCUCAUCACUGUGUCAAACUCCAAGAUCCUCUUGGUGCUCUUUUACCCUCUGAAUUCCUGCGCUAACCCUUUCCUAUAUGCCAUCUUCACCAAGGCCUUCCAAGGAGAUGUCUUCAUACUUCUCAGCAAAGUGGGUCUAUGUCAACGUCAGGCUCAACUGUUCCGGGGUCAGACAAUAUCUUCGAAGGCAAGCAGCAGAGGAAUCACUAGACGUGAGAGGGUGCAAACAGGAGCAAAGGAGACCCCUAUUUUGCUUCUAGAUUAUCCAGGCAACCCGUCAGCCACCCAGCAGCAGGAGGACAGUGAUGGGCAGGACACUUGA